AUCAGUGAUUGGCUCAAAGAAUGACGUCAGCUCUCCCUCUGCCAAUGGCGAGGUUCAUGGAGUUCCAAAUAUGGGAUCUGAAGAUGACCUUGAAAUGGUUUACAGAGCUACCAAGGCAAACAAGGCCGUGGUGGAUGACGGGCCACCGGAUGACAACAAUGGAAACAAAAAGAUGUCAAAGAUAGCUGACGUAAUUGACCAGGCGUCACGUGUGUUGUUUCCUCUGGUCUUCCUGUGCUAUAAUAUUUUCUAUUGGACUUACUACUAACGGGAGUUGCGGAAUGGGUUUGGCCAGGUUCGUACCCCGGCGGGUUGAGCAGGGCCUCGCUUGCAACGGAAGCGGCGAAACUAAUGAGAUGGAACUUUUUCAAAAAAUAAUAAUGUUUCCAAGCUAGUUGUUGUCCGCUCAAGAAAAUCUAAAAAGGGAUAUUGAAGAGUAGUCCUUUUGUCAUAUAAUCGGAGUUGGCUUGCUUGAAUCUUUUUUUAAUUUUUUUUUUUUUCUUUUGUUGAAAUAUAUCUGUCUACGCGAGGGCACACAAGGGUAAUAGUUUUUACAUACACCUCGCAAAACCGGGCCCUUGUCGUACCCAUUAUACUACUACCACAGACUUAAGUAAGCGUCCGAAGCUUUAGGUCACUAGGCUCGUAAAAACUUGCCUAUGGCUGCAGAGGCUGCAGAAACUUUUUUAGAUAUAAUCCUGUAAUCCUUUUAUAUAAAAUAUUUUCGCUUAAUUGUAAACAAGUUCUUCACGAAAACAACAAAACGUUUGAGUUUAUCAAAUAUGUUUCGACGGAAACUUCUGUCAUCCUUGUCUGCAACUAUCAAGACCCUUUGCAAACAAGCUCUAAAAUAAAAGUUAGUUAGCCGUGUAAAACAAAGUGCGCUGGGAAAAAUAAAAUUUGAUCGUAUGUAGCGAAGUUUUUAAAAGUGUUAAUUCUAAUAUGUGUAUACUUGACAGAGUCAGGGAGUUCCGUCGUGCACGAAACAAGUGUUCGCCUAUAUUUCUUCUUACUGUACCACGUUUAGUAGUUAGCAAAAUAAGUGUGACCGGACUGUUUAUUUUCAUCUUUGAGUUUGUUGUAGUUCUUUUUAUAACUUACAACAGAAAGUGAUAGAAAAACAUGCCAAGCAACUGAUCAAUGAGCUAACUUAUAUGUUUAAUUUUCAUCAAUUGCGCAUAAUUAACAUGCAUGGUGCAUUCAGUUCUAUAGCGAGUCCUACAUCCGAGAAACGACUUCGUCGGAUAUUAUAAAGAUUAUUGUUUGGCCUUCAGAUAAUUUUGUUAUCAUUCACUUUUUUUGACAGAAUUGAACAAUUGCUCGACGAUUAACAGCCCUGCGGGCGAGAACGUAUAACGAUUUCAGUACCUGAAGAAAUCAUUCGCGUAAAUUAAUAUUGAAUUUCACUCAAAACCGAUGUCUGAUUACCAUUGUCUUGAUAAUAACAUAUGUAUAUUGCUUCUCGAUAUACAAACACAUCUUGAAAAUAAGAAAAUAUACUUUGUAAUAACUUGGUGGGUUUAUGAUUUUUGGCUCUUUGAAGUCGAUGCAAUGAGAUAUUAGUGUUUCGUGUGCUGUGUUGGAAAAACUCUAAAAGUUCUGUAAUAAAUCUAAUAGUCGUCUACGUACGUCAUAAACAAAUCAUAUUUUUAUAAAAGCGCUUCGUUGACAAUGAGAAAAAAAAUAUGUAUAUGCACUUAAAAUACUAACCUGAUAAAAGAAAUUGGUGUAAACAAUUUCAUUUCAAUAGUACCGAGGGUGUUAGAUCGAUCUGGAAAUUUCUAGCCAAUAUCAUACCACCUUUAGCGAGUGGUUUUGUUUUCACACUUAAAAUUAAGAUGCCAGACAAAACGAGGAUAAAUUUUCUAAACACAGUAAGCGAUGAUACAAACUCAUUCUUGUGUGUGAGUUUUAAAUUACUAUCAACAUGAAAGGAGAGUAAUGUGUUUUUUGUUUGCGCAUCCUUACAGAUGUUGGGUGCCCGUGUUUCCCUUGGAAAUUAGGUUACAAAUAAUGUAUUUUUGUUUCGUGAAUUGGCAAUUGGAUGCAGUUACAGGAAUUAGUUACGUAUUUUUAAUGUACGGACCGUCUCUAAAUUAUUCACAUACAAUUCUUUCGUUAUUUCACGACUGCUUGGCUGCUUUCGCCAGCAGUGUUAUUGGAUUUAUUUCCCUGCAGGGAGAAAACGCCGCAUGGAUAACGGUAAGUGCUAAUAUCAACGUAGAAAUUGUACCUUGCCACAAGGGUCCCGCCCUGCUAUUCAUUUGAAAAAUAUGUAUAUAUUCACGUUUACCUAUAUACUUAUCAAACCGUAUGUUUCACUUAUUUAAGAUCCCUAAGGUACACAGAUCAACUGGUGGACCCAAACAUCACCGUUGAAAUCUGUUUUAUAGAUCUUACGGGGAUCCAAGGCAAAUAACUCAACAUACGGAUAUUGAUAUCUCGACUGGUAAAGUCUGAAUUUCAUGAUAAAAUUUCAAAAUCUGGAAGCAUAGAGAAAUAUCCGGUGGACUACAAAGCAAUAUUUAAUGCGCGUGCAUGAUAAAUAGGGUGUCAAUAAAAGCAAAUAGGGACAUAUUUUCCAUGUCAUCAGCUUAGCGAAAAUCCUAUAAUUUUAUAACGUUCUAUGUUAUGUAUCGCCUCGAAUUGAUGUUUCCAGGUUUUUCUCGUAGAGAUAAAUAGUCUAAAUUACUCAACUACGCGCUGUUGUCGUUGCGUUUCCGAGAUCCAAUGUUUAAGCAUUUCUUGGGCUACGCUCAUGCACAUAUACAUUCUCAAUCAACAUUCAUCUUGGCAAGUAAACUUUUCUCAAGACUUCCUUGUUAAGUUCCACAUACAUGUAGAGAGACGACGACCUAGAUACAAAUGCUAAUCUUAGUUAUUUUCUCAUGACCAAACAAUAUAUUAUGUAUCUACAGUGGAAAUCAAUCAUUUUCACACUUAAAGAAAGCUCCAUCUAAUUCACAUUCUUGUGACCAAACAUGGAAGUACCCUUGACUGGAAGACUGUCCUGCUUCCAAACUAUUGGUGUUGUUCUUAUACUCAUGCUGAGUGGAAAACUCUCCUCAACCAAAGAAAACAGCAGUUCUGUAUCAGUGUUGUCAAGAUUAUUUUCAAAUUAUGACCAAGUGGUGCGACCCAGUUUUGGAGAAGGUCCAGUCGAAAUCUUGACAGAUCUCUACGUUGAAUCAUUUGGAAAUAUAGAAGAGGCAGACAUGGAAUUUAAAGUAUUUGGUUAUUUGCGACAGCAGUGGAAAGAUGACAGACUCACUGGAAAGCUUGACAAGGCAAUUACCAUAAAAGGAGAGAACAUCAAUCGACUCUGGUUACCAGAUCCCUUUUGUUACAACGCACGUGAUUCAAACUUAAUGCAACCAGAUUCUACAGUGCACAGCAAAGUGUCUAUUGAUGUCCAGGGAAAUGUGCUUUACACCAAAGGGGUGACUUUCUUAGCAUCUUGUGAACUGGAUCUUCGUCAUUUCCCAUUUGACUCGCAAGAGUGUUUUCUUAAAAUUGGAAGCUAUGCUUAUACAACUGAGGAUAUUAUUUACAAAUGGAAAUACAAAGUUGUGAAAGUAGAGGCGACUCAGAUGGCACAAUUUGACUACAAGGGGGCCUCAUUGUCGACGUCUGUGGACAUGUACAAAAUAGGAAACUUCUCCACCAUAAUAGUGACGUAUUUCUUCAAACGUCGUAUGGGAUAUUAUCUCAUCCAAGUCUACCUUCCCGACAUUUUCGUCGUAGCUCUAAGCUGGAUUGUUUUCUGGAUGGACAAAACAGACAUGGGAAACAGAAUGGCGCUGGGAAUCACCACCAUUCUGACCAUCAUGUUUCUUCUUGGAUCUAUCAAUGGCACCAUGCCUAAAGUCAGCUAUCCCAAGGCGUUGGACUGGUACCUAAUGGUUUCGUUUGUCUUUGCAUUCUUUUCCCUGGUAGAAUGUUUGAUCGUGUUUGUCGUUUGGACAAGUGGUAACAAGAGAAGGGCGAUGAAGGUUUGUGUAUAUAUAUACACAAAUUGUAUAAUUAUACAUAAUUAUGUGCUUAAUUAUACGUAA